UAUUGUCAGUGAAUGAUGGCGGAGCUGGGUGGCUUGUCAUCAUUCUCGAAAAUUCUGAGGCUAGUGCGCGUUCUCUCUCUCUCCCACUCGCCUUAUUUUCCUUUUCGCCACUGCGGGGACGUUUUCUAAUUUGCAGCUCCCCUUUCCCUGACACACACACACACACACACACACACACACACACACACACACACACAGGAGCUGGUGGCUUGCAGACUGCAGUGUGUCUGGAGCUAGAGAGCCAGAGCCAGCGUGUGGAGAUGCUGCUCAGGGAGAAGGACUCCGCAGCCAUCCUCAGAGGCUAGACUGGGUGAUAUCGCGCCAUACACGCUGAUUCUUCAGUUUGUUGUCUGUAACCGAGGAAGCAUUGAUUGGGAGCCACUCAUUCAGAAAAUUAAAAGAAAGAAGCCAGAACCUAUUAUUAACCCUUUGAGAACACAACGUAACAAUCUUUACCAUUUUACUACUUCCUUGAAUAGGAGAGGUGACAGGUGUUGAAGAAUGGCAGAUGAUCGGAAAGAUGACGCAAAGGCACCUCACUGGACCUCAGCUCAGCUAACGGAGGCUUCUGCACACCCACAUUCACCUGAGAUUAAGGAUCAAGGCGGGGCAGGGGAAGGAUUUGUCAGAAGUGCCAAUGGAUUCCCAUUCAGGGAGGACGAAGAGGGCACCUUUGGAGAACAUGGGUCACAGAGCACUUACUCAAAUACCAAAGAGAAUGGGAUCAACGGAGAGCUGACCUCAGCAGACAGAGAAACAGCAGAGGAGGUGUCUGCAAGGAUAGUUCAAGUAGUCACGGCUGAGGCUGUAGCAGUCCUGAAAGGCGAACAAGAGAAAGAAGCUCAGCAUAAAGAUCAGCCUGCAGCCCCGCCUUUAGCAGCUGAAGAGACCGCUAAUCUGCCUCCCUCUCCACCUCCAUCACCAGCCUCAGAAAGGACUGUCGCCGUGGAGGAAGAAGAAGAAGCGCUAGAGGGUCCAGUGGCUGAGGAAGAGAAACCUGCCACUCUUCCUGGGAAAGAGUGUGGGGCUGCCAAGGUCUCAGACCAACCCAAGGGCCUCAGUGAGGGCCAAGUGGAAUCUAGUCUGGAGACCCAUGUAGUUCCCGAAGAGAGUGCCCCAGCAGGGGCCCCGCAGGAGAAAAGUAUAAAAGAGGUCACGGAGGUGUCUCCAGAAGUAAAAACCCCUUCCUCUGCCAGGGAAGGUUUACUUACAGCCUCGAAGAUGGAGUUCCAUGAUCAACAGGAAUUGACUGCCUCUUUACCUGAGCCAUUAGACAAGAAAGAAAAGGAGUUAGAGAAUCAAAGUAAGCCUGGUGAAGAUCUUAAACAUGCUGCCUUAGUUUCUCAGCCUGAGACAACUGAAAUGUCCUCAGAUAAAAAGGACAGACGAGGCCCGGAAGAAGGAAGAGUGCCUCUCACUCUGUUUGGGCACACUCUGGGUGCCGGCCUAGAAGACUCGAAACAGAAGGCAGAACCAAGCCUAGUGGUACCUGGUAUUGACCUCCCUCCAGAAACCCCAGUUCCAAAAGAACAAAAGGACUGGUUCAUCGAAUUGCCAAUGGAAACAAAAAAGGAUGAGUGGGGUUUAGUUGCUCCGAUAUCUCCUGGCCCUCUAACACCCAUGAGGAAAAAUGAUGUAUUUGAGGAUAUCCCAAAAUGGGAAGGGAAACAAUUUGAUUCUCCCAUGCCGAGUCCUUUUCACAGUGGAAGUUUCACUCUCCCUUCAGAUGUUAUGAAGAAUGAAAUAGUUGAAGAAGCAUCAUCUUUUGCUCCUGCCCUAUUAAAGUCUGAUGACAAAACAUCUCUGGAAGAAACCAGUGGCCCAGUAACUGCCAAAGACACUUCUAAAGUUGAAGAGCCCCAUAAGGAUAAACCUUACAUAAUGGCAGAAGUAUCAGCCUCAGAGGCAAUUCCCUCACCCAAAGAUGCCCACAUUCUGGACGUAGAAGAAUGUGUCCCAGAGAAAGUUUUGGAAGAAGAAAAAGGAGCAAUAAAGCAAGAAAGUGUGCAGAAAAAAGAGACGCCCACCCUUAGUGGCCAGGAAUCUUCACUUACUGAAAAGGAAUCUCAGCUGAAGCUUGAGGAAAAGACAACCAUUCCUGACAAAGAAACCAUGCUGAAAGAGAGUGAAGCCCCCAAAUCAAAAGACAAAGAAACAGGUGUAAUUCAGCCCUCCACAGAGCAUACUUUCUCCAAAGAAGAACAGAAAAGCCAACAGCCGACCACAUUAAAACAGGAGUCAUUCCCUGAGAGUUUGGAGCAAGCAGUUACAAGUUCAGCCAUGACCUCUAAAGCACUGGAGAAGGAACCAGCUGUGCUAAGUGAGAAGAAUGCUAUCGAGGAUCUGUUUGAAGAAAAGGUUGCUGACAAAGGUAAUAGAGUUGAAGGAGUCGGGGCUGCAACAUUAGCUGAGCUUGACAUGCCAUUUUAUGAAGAUAAGUCAGGAAUGUCCAAGUACUUUGAAACAUCUGCCUUGAAAGAAGAAGUGACAAAAAGCUUCCAGCCAGGAAGUGAUUACUAUGAACUGAGUGACACAAGAGAAAGUGCCCAAGAGCCUUUUGAUACUGUAUCUCCCAUGCAUCAAUAUGGUGACAAGGGACUUCAGGCAGGUAAAGAACCCCAGCCCGGUGCUCCAGCACAAGAAGCAGGGUAUAGCACUCUUGCAAAGAGUUAUCCACCUGAUUUACCUGAGGAGCCCAGUUCUCCUCAAGAAAGAAUGUUUACUAUUGAUCCAAAAGUAUAUGGGGAGAAAAGGGAUCUCCAUAGUAAGAAUAAGGAUGAUUUGACACUAAGCAGGAGUUUAGGACUCGGUGGUAGGUCUGCAAUAGAACAAAGAAGCAUGUCAAUCAAUUUGCCCAUGUCUUGCCUGGAUUCCAUAGCCCUUGGAUUUAACUUUAGUCGGGGGCAUGAUCUUUCUCCUCUGGCUUCUGAUAUUCUAACCAACACCAGUGGAAGUAUGGACGAAGGGGAUGAUUACCUUCCAGCCACUACCCCAGCAGUGGAGAAGGCCCCUUGCUUCCCAAUAGAAAGCAAAGAGGAAGAAGAACAGAUACAGGGAGAAAAAGCUGCCGGAGAGGGAAAUACUCAAGUCGAGACAGUGUGUGAAUCGCCAUUCCUAGCCCAAGAUUAUUACAAAAAUGGUACUGUCAUGGCCCCUGACCUGCCUGAAAUGCUAGAUCUGGCAGGCACAAGAUCAAGACUAGCUUCUGUGAGUGCAGACACUGAGGUUGGCAGGAGGAAAUCAGUCCCAUCAGGGAAUGUCAUUGAGGAGAAUCGUACUGGCUUGCCCCCUGUCACCGAUGAAAACCACGUCAUUGUUAAAACGGACAGUCAGCUCGAAGACAUGGGUUACUGUGUGUUCAAUAAAUACACAGUCCCACUCCCAUCACCUGUUCAAGACAGUGAGAAUUUAUCAGGAGAGAGUGGUUCCUUUUACGAAGGCAGUGAUGAUAAAGUGCGAAGAGAUGUGGCCACAGACCUUUCAUUGGUUGAAGUAAAAUUGGCAGCUGCCGGAAGAGUCAGAGAUGAGUUCAGUGCUGAGAAAGAAGCAUCUCCACAAUCAGGACUGAGUAGGGAGUUUGAUCAGGAGAGGAAAGCAAAUGAUAAGCUGGACACUGUACUAGAAAAGAGUGAAGAACAUGCUGAUUCAAAAGAACAUGCCCGGGAAUCCGAAGAGGCUGGUGACAAAGUUGAAACAUUUGGAUUAGGAAUAACCUACGAGCAUGCUUUGGCCAAAGAACUGACAGUAUCAAAAGAUGCAUCACCUGCCAUGGCUGAGAAAGGUCUCAGUUCAGUGCCAGAGGUAGCUGAAGCAGAACAAUCCAAAAAAGCUGGAUCAGAACUGGAUUUUGUUGCAAAGAAAGCUGAGCAGGGUCACUUAGAUGUUAAAAUCAGCGAGUUUGGACAGAUGGCCUCAGGGCUAAACAUAGAUGCUGCAAAGUCAACAGAGCCUAAAUUCGAGGCUACACAGGACCUCACUCUCUUAUCCGGGACGCCUCAGGAGGCAGGUGUGUUUAUGGGUGUUGAGUCAGGCCACAUGAGAGAAGGCACCAAAGUCAGUGAGACAGAAGUCAAGGAGAAGGUGGCCAAGCCUGACUUGGUACACCAGGAGGCUGUGGACAAAGAAGAGUCCUACGAGUCCAGUGGUGAACACGAAAGCCUGACCAUGGAGUCCUUGAAGCCCGAGGAGGGCAAGAAGGAAACCUCCCCGGAAUCUUCUCUAAUUCAAGACGAGAUUGCCAUCAAAUUGUCUGUGGAAGUCCCUUGUGCACCUGCUGUGUCAGAGGCCGAGUUAGCUGAGGAUGAGAGAGCGGAUGUCCAGUUGGAAUCUAUUCAGCCACCCAAAGAAGAAAGCAAAGAGACCCCAGGUAUCUCCAUCACACCCUCUGAUGUUACAGAGCCGUUGCUUGAAGCCGUCGGGGCUGAACCAGCAGAAGCUCAAAAUGAGGAAGAAGAGAUAGAAGCACGGGGAGAAUAUGAUAAACUGCUUUUUCGCUCAGACACCCUUCAGAUUACUGACGUGGGUGUCCCGAGUGUCAGGGAGGAAUUUGUGGAGGCCUGCCCAGGUGAACACAAAGGAGUGAUAGAGUCUGUUGUGACCAUUGAGGAUGACUUCAUCACUGUAGUGCAGACCACAACUGAUGAAGGCGAGUCCGGUUCCCACAGCGUGCGUUUUGCAGCCCUGGAGCAGCCAGAGGUGGAGAGGAGACCAUCCCCUCAUGCCGAGGAAGAGCUUGAAGUAGAAGAGGCAGCGGAAGCCCAGGCAGAACCCAAGGAUGGCGCCCCCAAGGCUCCGGCUUCCCCUGAGAGAGAAGUGGCUGGGCUUUCAGAAUACAAGACGGAAACCUAUGAUGAUUACAAAGACGAGACCACCAUUGACGACUCCAUCAUGGAUGCUGACAGCCUCUGGGUGGACACUCAAGAUGAUGAUAGGAGCAUCAUGACAGAACAGUUAGAAACUAUUCCUAAAGAGGAGAAAGCUGAAAAGGAAGCUCGGAGACCAUCUCUCGAGAAACAUAGAAAAGAAAAGCCUUUUAAAACCGGGAGAGGCAGAAUUUCCACUCCUGAAAGAAAAGUAGCUAAAAAGGAACCUAGCACAGUCUCCAGAGAUGAAGUGAGAAGGAAAAAAGCAGUUUAUAAGAAGGCUGAACUUGCUAAAAAAACAGAAGUUCAGGCCCACUCUCCCUCCAGGAAAUUCAUUUUAAAACCUGCUAUCAAAUAUACUAGACCAACUCAUCUCUCCUGUGUUAAGCGGAAAACGACAGCAGCAGGUGGUGAAUCCUAUCAGGUUCCCAGUGUAUUUAAACAGGCAAAGGACAAAGUCUCUAAUUCUACCUUGUCAAAGAUUCCUGCCUUACAGGGUAACACAAAGUCCCCAAGAUGCAGCUCAGCCUGCCCUAGUCCAACUAAAAGGACUACAUUUUCUGACAGUUUUUUAAUACAGCCCUCCUCAGCGGGCUCCACAGACCGUUUGCCAUACUCAGAAUCAGGGAACAAGGAUGGAGUAACCAAGAGCCCAGAAAAGCGCUCAUCUCUGCCAAGACCCUCCUCCAUCCUCCCUCCUCGGAGAGCUGUAUCGGGAGACAGAGACGAGAACUCCUUCUCUCUCAACAGUUCCUUCUCCUCUUCAGCACGGCGGACCACUAGGUCAGAGCCGAUUCGCAGAGCAGGAAAAAGUGGCACUUCAACACCCACUACCCCUGGAUCAACCGCCAUUACUCCUGGCACCCCACCAAGCUACUCUUCACGCACCCCAGGCACUCCUGGAACCCCUAGCUACCCCAGGACCCCUCACACACCAGGAACCCCCAAAUCUGCCAUCUUGGUGCCCAGUGAGAAGAAAGUCGCCAUCAUCCGUACUCCUCCAAAGUCUCCUGCUACUCCUAAGCAGCUUCGGCUUAUUAACCAACCACUGCCAGACCUGAAGAAUGUCAAGUCUAAAAUCGGAUCAACAGACAACAUCAAAUACCAGCCUAAAGGGGGGCAGGUUAGGAUUUUAAACAAGAAGAUCGAUUUUAGCAAGGUUCAGUCCAGAUGUGGUUCCAAGGAUAACAUCAAACAUUCUGCUGGGGGCGGAAAUGUACAGAUUGUUACUAAGAAGAUAGACCUAAGCCAUGUGACAUCCAAAUGUGGCUCUCUGAAGAACAUCCGCCACAGGCCAGGUGGUGGACGUGUGAAAAUUGAGAGUGUAAAACUGGAUUUCAAAGAAAAGGCCCAAGCUAAAGUCGGUUCGCUUGACAAUGCUCACCAUGUACCCGGAGGUGGAAAUGUCAAGAUUGACAGCCAGAAGUUGAACUUCAGAGAGCAUGCUAAGGCCCGUGUGGACCACGGGGCUGAGAUCAUCACGCAAUCCCCAGGCAGAUCCAGCGUGGCAUCCCCGAGGCGACUCAGCAAUGUCUCCUCUUCGGGAAGCAUCAACCUGCUCGAAUCCCCUCAGCUUGCCACCCUGGCCGAGGAUGUCACUGCUGCACUCGCUAAGCAGGGCUUGUGAAUAUUUCUCAUUUAGCAUUGAAGUAAUACUAUUUAGGCAUGAGCUCUUGGCAGGAGUGGGCUCUGAGCAGGUGUUAUGUUUAUUCUUUACAAACCAUAAAAUAAAUAUAAUCUCAUUCCCAAACUCUAGUAAUUGUUACAAUUUUAUAUUUAAAAACAGGAAUAGCAUAUGCAGAAAUUGACUUGAUUUCCAUUUGCAACAGGAAGACACUGGCUUUACCUGAGUACAAUUGGACGAUUAUUUUUGCUCUGCUCUGUUUUGCAUGGAGUAUUAUUAUUUGAAAAAUUGCAUUUUCACCUUUCAUGUGCCUGAAGGCUAUCCACUACAUUCUGAAAGGCCUUGUUAACAUUCAAGCUGCUCAUCUCACUAUUAUUCUAUUGCUGGGUGAAACGGUAAAAGCUUCACAUUGUAACUUAUUGCCGGUUCAAAAGAAAUCAAGGAGUCUGAUGGCAGGAAGGGAAGAGCAUGUAAGAAAUAGGGUUGUUGUUUUUUUUUUAAGUGUUAUUUUGUAUAAAUGGGAAGAAAGAUUCAAUUAAGUUAUUAACAUUUGGGACCUGGAUAAUUAUAUCAGAGUAUAAGUCAAUUCAAUAAAUUAUUUAACUAAUUAAAAAAUAGUCUCGAAGCAUUUGAGCUGCGGUUGAGGAAGUGGUGCAGAAGUGCUCUCUUAAGAAUGAAGCACUUGCACUCGGAUGGACUCGUGUCUGGUUAGAAUGUCAGUUAUCAGCUAGAUCUGUGUCCACACUACCGGUUUCACGCCCCCUUUCCAUCUGUUUGAUACAGUAUUAUAGAUAUAAAUAUAUAUAUAUUUCUCUGUGGCCAUUUGUGAUACUUCCUCAUAUACUUGAAUAUUAUACUUCCUUAUUCACAGUAUCUGUGUCUCCUGCACCCUUUGGUGUUGCAAUUUUAGGUAUGUGAAAGUAGAUGUUAGCAGGGUUCUUUCCCUAUUUAAAAAAAUACAUUAAAAAGACAAAAAGUUUUAGCAUGAAGUUGCUUUCUGUAACAACUCAAAGCUGUAACCCUGUUAUAGUGCCAGAUACAAGUCUCUCCCGUGAUGCUAGAAGAUUUUAUUUUUCUUUGUUUUCACCAACAUGGAGUUUGUGGGGGUGAGUCCAGUUAUACAUAAAAGGGUUUACAGAUUGUUGGUUUAAAAUUAUGGAUUUCAAUUAUUUUGAAUCACAGAAUAGUUUGGGUUUUUUAUUUCUGUAAUCAUUCAUGAAAGACUUAUUAAUAUUUCUUCUUCCCUUUUUUUCCAUUUGCUAAAGUUGAAACUAACAGUGGGAAUUUGGGACAUGUUAUCCCAUUCUUCCAAAUAGGACCUGCUUAUCAAAUUAUCUGACAGAAGAGAUUUGGCUUCCUUCCCCAAAGUAAAGAUCCCUUGAUCAGAAAGGAAAAUUACAGUAUUUUGAGAAGCUAUAGCUACAAAAUGCUUGAGAUGCAGAUGUCAAAAUCAUUUUAUUCAAGACUCCAACACUGCUUAAAGGAAUACUGUAUGACUUAGCAUUACUUAUGAGUAGAUAAUACUGUUUGACUUUAUAUACAGUCUAGAAAUCACAACUCAAUGAAUUAAUUCCUCUCAUAAAUCAUCCAUCUUAGACUUAUGAAGAAACAAUGAAUUAGUCAAUGGCCUGAAUAAGGCAAUAAGUUACCAGGCUGGAUGGGUGCAUUUUAGUAUUUUAUCUAUUCAUUUUCUUGCUCAGGGCUGGUAGGUUGGAUUAUGAACAGUUACAAGCAAAUGAUCUGGUAGGUGUUUGAUUCAUUUGAGCCAAACCAAUGUAUGAAUGUAAAGGAAGAAAUAAUGAGCGUGGGUAAGGCAAAAAGGAAGAAUAGUAGCAUCUGAGAAAGAAUUCAAGAAAUGCAAUAACAGAGAGACACAGGUGACAUUUUGUGACUCGUUGAAUAUUGGAACCAAUGUGACAUCCACAGUAAGACACUCUAGGAGCAAAUGUGCACCAUUCACUCUCAAAGAAAAGGUUUUACAUAGGCAAACAUGUCGGAAACUAUAUUUAAAUCAGUUACUUCAUAUAGCAGUAAAAAAGAUAGAAACAACUGAGUAGGACAAUGGAUGUGUCUAUUUUCUGCCUAAUAAUUGCUGUGAGGUUUUAUUUGACCAAUCUGGCAUUUUAUCCAUCAGCUUCCCUUGAAAUGCACCAGAAAAUAGAAGAAAGAAUAGUCGUGUGGAAACUUACGGUAUUUUCUUACAUGUUUGAUAGUGUUAGAUAGUGAUUGAAGUUCGGUAGAAAGAAGUUAACAACUGGUUAGAACAACUUUAACAAGUGAAACAUGUUUGUUUUUUCAACUUGGUUUAAGUUUUUUAUAAAAAUUAACAAUAAAGAACAUCUCUACAUAUUAAAAUUCAGGUUCUUAAAAAUACGUGUCUAAAAUAAAAUUUAUGUAAAGCAUUAAGUUAUUAGAUUUGGCAUUUAAAACAAAUGUUUAUUUCAAACCACAGAAAAAUUAUAAUGAAUUAAAUGCUCUUCCUUUGUAUGGAAAUGUGAUUCUCUAUAAUGUUAAUAACAACAAUGAAAAACCUGAAUGUUUGUACCAGUAAAAGAGAGAAACACAGGAUAAAUGUCUUCUUAUGGGGAUAAGUGGUGGAACCCAUCUUGCCUUCACUCUCAAGGUUAACGACACAAAUUAAGCUUUUUGAACACCACUUUUGUGGGGACAUCCAUACGCUGAUCUAGAAACUAAAGCUUCAUAGUUCCAGUUCUAGAUCUAUUCAUGCCAGUUUCUCUUGGGCUUUAGCCUUUGAGAACCUGUUAAAGGAGACAUAAGUAAUCCAGAGCUGUGAAGAGUUAAAAGGCCAACUUCUCCAAUGAACUCACCCUCUCUGGGUCACCUGCAGCCAAGAAUUGGGUACCUUAUAACGAUGCAGGAAAGAUCCGAGUUUAUGAUGAGUUUCAAAGGCCAUGUUCAUUUAGGAACCAACUCUCUCUGGAUCCUCCUACUGAGUUCCAGCAGGGUGAUGGGCUGAAAUCCAACCCACAAGCAAGACGCCUGUGUAGCACCAACUACCUAUGGCUGAAGAAGGUCACAGAGAGAACUUUCUUAGAUGGAAGACUGUACUAAUGGUAGCUGGCUUCUUCAGACACUCCUAUAGUGGUACAGCAAGAAAUGGGAUCAUCAACCAAACUAUAACAUGUCAGUAGUAGUCAAGAAAUAAUCUCAAUGUGCUUAAUUCUGGCAUAGCUAUAAUUAUAGUUUUUCUCAUAUUUUUCAUGCCCCCAAAAGGAGGUAAAUAAACUGUUCAUGGUCUAAGUAGCCAACAUAAAUAAAUAAAGUAGAUUCAUGGCUUGGAAAGGCAAAUUCUAGGCACUCCUUCCAAGAUCGAUGUGGUAAAAUCAGCAUUGAUGUUUGUUUUUCUAGGCCUAGGAGUUUUAGCCUCUGUGUGUAGGUUGAGGCCAAGUCCCUCUGCCAGAAAAGGCUUAUUUUUAAGCUCAAAAACUGUCAAUCAUGAAAAUCUACUUCAACUUUAGCAAAAAGAAAAAAAAACAACAAAAAGUAUACUCUGUAUGCUGGGAUUCCAAGGUUCCAACACUCCGCUACAAAUCUGUGGGGGGUUUCUUUCUUCUGAUAACUCUAGAGCCUGUUACCAUAGAAAGGCAUUUCUUCAAUGGCUGAUUGUAGUUAGUUCAUGUUUUUCAAUCAAAAUUUGCAAAUGUAUUUGUUGCUGUAUAGUGAUUGUUUUGCAAAAUAAAAUUGCUUGUCAUC